CAUGAGCUACAAAAAGAUUUUGAUACAGUACAGUCAAUGCUGGAAGAUAAGGAGAAGGAACUUGAAAACAUUGCCAAAGAAUUCUCAGAGGGCAAGGGUAAUCCAGACAUACUUCAUGAAAUACUACAACUAGAGAAGUUGGUUGCCUCCCUGAGGAAAGACCUGGUUGAAAAGCAGUAUGUUGUAGAUGAGAAGGAAGAGGAACUCUACGAACUCCAUGACAAGCUGGAAGAAAUGGGAAAUAUCAAGGAAGAGCUGCGAACAACUCAGUUGAAGCUUACUGAAAUAACCGAACAAUUCCAGAAGGAACAGAAACUGAGAUUAGAAUUGGAGAAAGUUGUUGCAGCAGACGUGACGGUUGUGAAAAACGCUGAGGAAAAUCAAGAAAAAAUUGACAUGACGUCACAGAAAGAAGCAGAACAAGAUAGCUUGAGGAAUGACCAGGAAAUAAAGAUGUCAGCACUAGAACUGGAACUGCAUGAGUUAAAAGUGAAGGCAGAGUCAGAUGCUAAAUUAUGGGAGGAGAUAAAAGCAAAGCAGCAGUCAGCUGAAUUGAUUAGUUCUGAGGAAAAUAAGGUACUAGCAGUGGAAAUUGAAAGUUUAAAGCUUCACAUGAAAGAAAAAGAUGAUUUGAUACUGAGUCUGCAAGCAGAUUUGAAAGAAGCUGCUUCUGAAGAGCAGAUUGUUAAAAAUACUUCAACACAGUUGGAAUGUCAAGAAAAUGGAGUGGAGACAUUUUCCAGCUCAAAAAAGGUUGACACAGUGGAACAGCAAGAUGUGGCUGAAGUUGUAGAUCUGAAACGUCAAAUUGAAAUAAAAGAAAUGAACAUAACAGAGCUGGAGGGACAGUUGAGAUUCAGACAAUCAUGUAUUUUAGAUUUGACAGAAGAGAAGGAAAGGAUUCUUGAAGAGAAACAUGUCAUGGAAGCAGAUUUCCAUCAGCAGUUGCAGAGAAUGGACAAGAUGCUUUCCAAUUUGCAGAAAAAGUAUGAUGAUCUUAAGAAAGGAAUAAGUGAAGAAGUUCUUCAGAUGGAACAAGAUAUUGAUCGUAGUAGUCAAGCCCAGUUGGUUAAACAGUCUGAGGCAGGAAAGGAAGUUGAAGAGUUGAAGGAAAAACUGCUUCAGGUUGCUGAGGAAUUAACUGAUACGUCUAAAAAACAUAAGCAAGCUGAAGAAAAGCUUUCUCAAGUUUCUCUGCAGCUGGUUGAAAGAGAAGAGCAAAUACAGAAGCUUCAGAAUGAGGUUCAGAAUUUGCAGCUAGUUAGUGAUCAGCCGCAUGCAGAAUCUGCUGAAAGAGACAUGUUUGUGAAAGAGCUAGAGCAUCAACUCAAAGAGGCCAAAGAGGUUGCAGCUAAAGAGGCAUUAACUGCUACAGAGUCAAGGGAGAUCAUUAUAAAACUAGAAAGCGAAGUGCAUGAUUUGAGAGAGGCAAUUAAUUCCAGAGAGUAUAUUGCAACUUCAGGAGCAGUUGACAUGUCAGCAUCGCUACCACUACAAGGGAUCAGGUUUGCAGGAGAAGGCACUGGGAUGUCUCGAUGGGAGUCAGCACCAGCAGUGCUGUCCUUGAGCAAUAGGGAUAGUAGGCAUUUUCAUUACAGUGUGUCUGAGACUGAAAGGUGGACAGAAAAGCAGCGGAAGGAGCUGGCCGAGAAAAACAAACAGUUGGAUAAACUGAGACAAGACUUGGAAAGGUGGCUUAGGAUGGGGAAAGGUCAAGAUUCUGUGAUGUUAACUAUCAAGGAAAAGGAAGAAACAAUUAUAACUUACCAAACUGAGAUUGAAACCAUCAAAGCUGUGCUGAAAGAGAAGGAAGACACCAUUUCAUCCCUCAGAAACCAGAUACAGUCACUUCAGACUUCUCACUAUGAAGCACUUUCAACCAAGGAUCAUACAAUUACCGAGCUGGAAAAGCAGAUUUACAUUUUAAAGUCAGCAUCUGGGAGUGGUCCAUCUUCUCCCUCCAGAAACUCUGCCAUGCAGGGUGAAUCUCUGUCUCCAGAAACCAAACAGUCCAUUUCACAUCUGAAAAUGCAGCUGAGGAAGGCUCAUACUGCUCUUGAAGAAAUGCAGCAAAGCCAGAUGGAAGAAAUUGAAGUUGGUGUGGAAGAACUCAGGCAGAUGCUGAAGGCUAGAGAAGAGGAACUCUCCACCCUGAAAUUAAAGUUUGACAGUGAGAUAGAAAGCAGAGUGGAGGCACUCAGUGAGCAACAUGAUCAUGAUAUCCUGCAACAGAAACAGCUACAGGAGCAGAAGCUGGAACAGCUGCUGUCCGAACAGAAGGAAGCUCUUGAGGAACAGCAUCAGGAACAAUUUAAUGAACUAAUAUUGACGGAUAAGCAAGAAGUUCAUCGCUUUGGAAAAGUUCAGGGUGACACAGAAGUCUGGGACAGUUAUCAGUUGUCCAGUGGUGAUGGAAUGCCUGAACGGUUACAGGCUCUGCUUUAUCACUUGAACCAGCUGGGAGAAGAUCUCCUAAGUGUGUCAGACAAGCAUUUUCUGCAGAAACAUCUAGCUACAGCCAGGCUAGGAGACAGUUCAGCUGACCAUGAAGCCUGGGAGGAGGAGCGGAAGAGUCUGCUGGAGAGCAUCAACGCUCUCAAGAAUUUACUCAAGCAAGCAGAUCAAGUUGCAAAUACGCAAAAUGACGACAAUGUCGGUGAUUGGAGGGUUGGUCUGCUACAUGCUCUGGCAGCUGUGUAUGAGAAGGAGCAGAAAGUCCUGCAAGUUGAGGUCAACAUUUCUAGGUCUUUGUAUCCAGAGAUGGAGUUGUUUGCGCAGUUGGAAACUAAACUACGCAAUCAGGAACAGAUUCAUCAGUCAGGCCUGGAUGAGAUGCUGAAAGCAGAUCGGCAGUCCCUGAUAGAUGAGAUAGACAACCUUCAUCAUCGUCUCUUAGAGGCCAACAACCAGCUUCAGGAAAACAAGGACCAGAUCAGGCAACAAGUGCUGAAACUUGAGGAGGCCAAAUCCAGCACUGAGUGGAAGCUUCAGAGACAAAUUCAAAUGUUGGAGUACAAGCUGCAGCAGGAAAGUGUGGUUCAAGAAGACAUGAAAAACUCUCUGAAGCUUGAACGACAGAGGGUGUCCGAGUUGUCUUCACAGUCAAGCCAAGAUCGUUCACGGAUACUUGAACUGCAGUCAGAGCUGUCCGCCACACAGAUAAGCUUGUCUAAAGUGCGAGAUGCCUUAGAACGGGAGCAGCAGAGGUUUCAUUCUGUGACGGUAGAUUGGAGCGAAUCGCUUGAUGCAUUAGAGGAGGAGAGAGCUAAGACCAUUCGACUGACAGAACUACUUGAGUCUAGCAGACGAAAGUUCCAGGUUCUCCAAGAGGAAGUGAACCAUUCAGAUGCCAGAUAUGAACAGAAGGUACACUCUGAGGAAGAUUAUAUCAAGGAGCUCCAGGAAACUUUGGUAAAGGAGCGAGAAAGGAGCAUCCAGUUCUCUGAAGCAGAAGAGCUGGCCAGAAGAGAGAUAACACGAUUAGCAGAUGAAAAUGACAUAUUGAACAGAAAACUCUCUCUUUUACAUGAUGAACAUAAGGCAGAAGUUGAUAUGCUGCGUACAGAACAAAAGGAAAAAAAACUGCAAGCUCAAAUGGAGGACAAUUCUGAAGCAAUUGCCAGACUCACAGCUCUGAUAGAGGCAGAGAGAGACAGCCACCAGGCUGCUAUACAACAUGAAGUGAAGCUUGCCAAACAGCUCAGACGAGAUUUAGAUCAGCUGAGGUCUGAGAACGGUCAGCUAAAACAUCUCUAUGAAGUUGAAAGAUCACAUGCAGAAGCUUUGAAAUCCAACAAUUUUGAAAGUGCUAGAGCUGAAAUGAUGGAGCAGAGAAGAAGUGAAGACACAGUGAGUACCCACAGGACAAGUCAGAGCAAUCUUCAGGCGACAGAAAAGCACAGCGAGGAGCUCAUUGACAGAGUG